AUGGAAUCGACACGGCCUGCCCAACCGACUACGAAUAGAGAUGGAUCGGUCACUUGUAAUUGCGGAAAGGUGUGCAAGAACCAACGCGGUCUACGCAUUCACCAAGGGAAGUCUGAUUGUCAACGUGUGAGAUCACAAGGACAGCGCAUAGCCAGUUUGGCUAGUGAGACGCAGGAGUACUCCAGUCUGGAUUCAACCCACAGUACUGAAGAACUCUAUGUUCAGGAGACCUCACAGGAUGUCUUUCGAAAUCCUGAGGAGGAUGAUGACCCCCUUUUAGAGCUCUUACAGACUCAAAACAGCCCUGAAGCAAGCGAGGCGACUGAUCCGGAUAGACCACAGCAAGACACUGCCACUAGAACCAGGAAACCAAGGAUUAAGUGGCCCAAGGCUUCAGACAAGACAUCAUGGACCCAACUGGACGAGGACCUAGAGAACACCCUCGAAGCAUCCAUGCAAGGACCAGUAGACCGGAAGCUGACCACCCUCACAACCUUGAUAUAUUCUGUAGGAAAGGAGAGGUUUGGACUAGAAGAGGAGAGAGUGCGGAAGGAACCUCCAAGACCAAACAGGCGACAAGUUCGUAUCCAGAACUUGAGACGUGAACUCAAGCAGCUGAGACGAAGGUACUGUGCUAGUUCACCCACAGAGAGGAUUGGACUUGCACAGCUUAGAGAUACAGUUCGGACACAGCUGACAUCAGUACGGAAAGCAGAAAACAGCAGAAGAAAGACACGGGAACGGGCAAAAAAGAGGGCAGCUUUCACAGCCAACCCAUACAAGUUCGCAAGAUCCCUCCUCGACAAAGAAAGGUCAGGAAAGUUGGAAACUCCACUAGAGGAAAUAGAGAACUUCCUUUAUGUUACCCAUUCUGACCCCAAUCGAGAGGACGUGCUAGGGGACUGUGACAGAAUAGAUCCAGCGGAGGAACCCGAAAAACAGCUGAAUGCGACGGAACCUACGCUUGGCGAGGUGAAAGAAGCUGUAAAAAAGGCCAGAGCUGCUUCGGCGCCAGGACCCAAUGCCAUCCCGUAUAAAGUGUACAAGAUGUGCCCACUACUUCUCAAGCGUUUAUGGAGUCUCCUCAAAGUAGUCUGGAGGAAGGGGGAUGUACCAGAGGCUUGGAAGGAGGCCGAGGGGAUAUUCACACCGAAGGAACGCAAUUCCAAGACGGUCAACCAGUUCCGAACGAUCUCGCUGCUUAACGUCGAGGGAAAAAUAUUCUUUGCCAUCCUUGCAAGAAGACUCACAUCUUUCCUGACAGGCAACGCAUACAUCAACACCUCGGUCCAGAAGGGAGGAGUUCCCGGUUUCUCCGGCUGCAUAGAGCACACCAGUGCUAUCACACAGCUAAUAAGUGAGGCGAAGAAAGGGAGGAAGGAUCUCACUGUAGUUUGGCUCGACUUGGCCAACGCAUACGGGUCCAUUCCACACCAGCUAAUCUAUACAGCCCUCCGACACUACCAUGUGGACGGCCACAUUCAGAAAAUCAUCACCAGUUACCUGGAUGGAAUCAAGCUCCGGUUUACUGUUGGUGACCAGCUAACCAGAUGGCAGAAGUUGGAGAAGGGAAUCGUUACCGGCUGCACAGUUUCCGUGGUGCUCUUCAUCAUGGGGAUGAACCUGCUGAUAAAUGCUGCCCAACGUGAGACACGUGGACCAAAGACAGAGUCAGGAAUCUAUCUCCCAUCUAGCAGAGGCUUCAUGGAUGACCUCACAUUGACGACAACAACACACGUCCAAGCUAGAUGGAUGUUGACAGCCCUGACGGAUGUCGCUUCAUGGGGAAGAAUGAAGUUCAAAGCAGCAAAAUCCAGAUCUCUUGUCAUAAAGAAAGGACAGACAACAGAGAGGUUCAAACUCUACGUACAGAACGAAGAGAUUCCUUCCAUAGUGACGAGUCCAAUAAAAUGCCUGGGCAAGUGGUUUGAUGCAAGCCUACAAGAUCGCGACAAUGUCAAGAACUUAAAGCAACAGGUAGAGGAGGGUCUCAAGAAGAUAGACCGCUGCGGACUACCCGGCAAGUUCAAAGCCUGGCUUUAA